AUGAAUAAUGUUUGGGUACCUAAUCAAGCUAGCAUAGUCAUAAAUAUUGAUCCUAGAAUGGGAUUUCUCCGUUUUUCAAAAAUAACUGGACAACCUAAUUUUGAAUGGAAGCAAUAUGCUGUUGAUGAUAAUGGUCAAAUCUCACUUUUGUCUGGAGAUAUAGUUGAGAAGAUUUCUGGAUUCGGUACAUUAAUUGCCACUAUAGACGGAGGCUAUGCCAUUGUGUUUGCUAAUGUUUCUAACUCUGGAAUAAGUAGUAAUGACCUAUUUGCGGUGCGUGCAGGAAUUUAUGGCAUAUUUUUGGCACGUAAUCAACAAACUACAACCAUUCCUUAUUUACUAUUCCAAUCUUCAUUGCCGGACUUAAAUAUUACUAAUAUAAGAUGUUCUGUCGAAUAUGCUGACAUCGCACAUACUUGCGUACUAACUAUGAAACGAGCUAUGAACGUUACAAAUGUUACAAGCAUUGCAAAUCCUACACAAUUCAUCACUCCUUUUUUUAAUCCAUAUUAUAUUAAACUUCGUUUUCUCUCUUCAGGAUCGGUACUAUCUUUAUCAACUCUAAAAGUGAAUACCAGCCAAGACGAUUAUAUCGUCACUACAUUGCCUUAUGGAGGUUAUGCGUUAACGACUUUCAACCAAUCAGGCGACGGUUUAUUAUUAAAUUUUUAUCUUACUUUUUUUGAUGAAUCAGAUAACCCAGUUAGAUGGGAAUUUUCUGAGAACUCCACUUCCACUAAUUUUGCCGGUGCGUUUAAUAUUCUAAAUAACAACACUCUUCUGCUGGCCCAGACUGAACCUACGAAUUCUUGGAGGCUCUUUGUGAAUGACUUACCAAGAUUUAACGGCAAUCGAG